AUGUCUGGCGGGUCCCGACCCCCGCCCCGGGCUCAGCCCCCGCCCCGGGCUCAGCCCCCGCCCCGGGCUCAGCCCCCGCCCCCGCCCCGGGCUCAGCCCCCGCCCCACCUGGUGUAUGUUCUGGCUGAUGACUUUGGUUGGGGGGAUGUGGGGUAUCACGGUUCUCAGCUCAGGACCCCGGUCCUGGACAGACUCUCGGCGGAGGGCGUCAGACUGGAUAACUACUAUGUGCAGCCGCUGUGCACUCCCUCCCGCAGCCAACUGCUGACCGGCAGAUACCAGAUCCACACAGGCCUUCAGCAUGAAAUAAUCUGGCCCUGCCAGCGGCACUGCAUUCCAUUGGAUGAGAAGCUGCUGCCUCAGUUGCUGAAGGAGGCUGGCUACAGUACUCACAUGGUGGGGAAAUGGCACUUGGGCAUGUACAGAAAGGAGUGUCUUCCGACACGCAGGGGAUUCGAUUCCUAUUUUGGUUACCUGUUGGGCAGUGAGGAUUACUACUCACACAAUCGCUGUUAUUUUAUCUCUGGGCUGAACGCUACCCGCUGUGCACUGGACCUCCACGAUGGGGAGGAAGCCUCUACCGGAUAUACAGACAUGUAUUCAACCAAUAUAUUUGUACAGAGAGCCACCGAUGUCCUAGCCAAGCAUGACCCUCGCAAGCCUCUCUUUCUGUAUCUGGCCUUGCAGUCUGUGCACGCUCCUCUUCAGGUGCCAGAGAAUUACACAAAACCAUACAGCUUCAUCCAUGACAAGAACCGGCGGCACUACGCAGGGAUGGUGUCGGUGAUGGACGAGGCGGUGGGGAACCUUACUGAGGCCCUGCGGUACUACGGAUACUGGAACAACACCGUCUUAGUCUUCUCCACAGAUAAUGGAGGACAGACCUUGUUCGGUGGUAACAACUGGCCUUUACGAGGGAGGAAGUGGACGCUGUGGGAGGGGGGAGUGCGAGGGGUUGGUUUCGUCGCCAGCCCAUUACUGAAACGGAAGGGCAGCGUCAACCGAGAGCUCAUUCACAUCUCGGACUGGCUCCCUACCCUCGUGAAUCUUGCUGGAGGAUCAACGAAGGGCACCAAACCACUGGAUGGCUUUGAUGUGUGGAAGACGAUCAGUGAAGGGCAGCCUUCCCCCAGAGUGGAGCUGCUUCACAACAUCGACCAUCUCUUCACUGAUACCUCCCCGUGUCCUGUCAAAUCGAGUGGGAAUGUUUCAUCCAAUAUUCACACAAACGCCUGGCAGAAUUCCAUCUUUAAUGUGUCUAUCCAUGCAGCAAUCCGGUAUGGGAACUGGAAACUAUUAACUGGAGAUCCUGGGUGCAGUUACUGGUUUCCGCCACCAUCACAGUUGAGUCAAGCAGACGUACCAUUACCCGACUCCCCGAAGAAAAAAGUCCAGCUUUUCAACAUCGAAUUUGAUCCUCAGGAGAGACUUGAACUGUCUGAGAGAUUCCCCAAAGUCGUCGAGAAGCUGCUGCUCAGGCUCCAGCACUAUCAGGAUGGUGCUGUGCCCAUUUACUACCCGGCCUCUGAUCCCAAGUGUGAUCCGAGCAAGACUGGAGUCUGGGAGCCUUGGGUCUAGAACGCAGGACUUGAGUGAGGAGUGUUUUACAACUAUUGAGAUCUGUUUUACUUGGAGUUCAAUAACAGGUAACCAGGUCUUUGCAAAGGAACAGAUCUUACAUGGAUGAUGCCCUCUGUCUUGUCCUCCAUGACCUCUCUCCUGCUUUUGACAUAAUUUACCACUCCAUCCUUCUCAAUUACCUCUCCUCCCUCAUCCACCUUUAUGGAACUGCAGUCUCCUGGAUCCAAUCCUUUAUAAAUGCAAUUUAUUGUUGUUUGUUCUAUUCUGGAAUGAUGAGAGCAAAUUGGAACCUCCUCUUCAUUUCCCAUCAUGUACAGGAAAGCAGAAGCCUAAUGUCCUCUGUGAUUUUAGUCUGAACAGUACUGGUGGCUGUAGUCUUUGUGGAGUCGGACACUGUCCUGAAUAAACAUUUCCUGUGUGCUCUGUGACCCUACACUGUGCUGUCUUGCCCUUCAGCUAGAUCUCUCAAUAAAGAAAGUUUUUUUUUCAAAAGAAACUACAGCCAGCCUCAAAAAUACACCUAGUGAGUGUGGUAGAUUUUGCUAAAGUGAAAUAGCAAUGGUAGAUAGGCAUUAGUGGCUUCUGUACAUGAUGGGAAAUGUGUUGUAUAGUAACCUCAGAAUGACAGAGUUAGAUAAAAUCCUGCGUUUGCUUGGCUUGGAAACCAAGAGGUCCAUUGACCAGCCAAACUGGCUCAGUGGAAGGAAUCAGACCAGUAAACAAGUCACUGAGGCCAGUUUCUGUUAAUUCUGCAAGCCAACACCCUAGUGGGUAGGAUUACUGUUGUCCUUGGAAGACAAGGAGUAGGAAGCUUGACAAAUGGUGUUUACAACCAAGCUGCACAGUUUGAGCUAGUGAAACUGCGUUUCACACAACACAUACUCUGGGAGCACAAAGCUUUGGCUCUUACCAAUGUGCAUCUAAUAUUUCCCAAAAUUUGGUAAGCAGGGUGAGUCUCUCUGGGGGAAGAGUGUGCGCACCAUUCCAGAAAGACAAACAUUUUUGUGUGUGGGUGACAUGGAUAUGUGGAACUCUGUUUUGUUUGGAUACUCUCAAGCAUGGAGAUGGGUUUCCAUAUGCAUCAAACACCUGGCUGACCAAAACAAAUUGUCAAUUUAAACUAUGAGAUCAAGUCCCAAUGUGAACAUUGAAUCUACAACCUUCUGACCCAGAGGUAAACGAUCUAAAGGCAAUAUUAUUCUUCCUAAAAUUAGGUGACAGGAACAACAUAUAUUGUACUCGAGAUAAAAUUGGACCAACGCUAAAUACAGCAACAUUUUAACUUCCUUUGAUUUGUGGUCUGCCCAUCUGCUAACAUAAUCCAAUACCUCGCAUAGCUUUUUUUAACUGCACCCAAGAUCUAACCUGACAGUUUAUCCACAAUAACCUCUACCUAUCUUUCCUGAUGCAUCUCUUCUAUUUUUCAUUCCUUGCUCCAAUCCUUAUUAUUUUACAUUACGACAACAACUACAACUUACAUUUAUAUAGCUCCCUUCCCAUGAUGUAGAGUCUCGGAGCACUUAGCAAUAGUGGAGCUAGAUGCUGAGCCAGGAAGAGAGGGAUGGUGACUGUAGGCAUGGUCAAAGAGGAAGGUCUUCAGAUGCAAUCUGAAUUCAAGCAAGGAAGGGGUUGGGGGAGGAACUGAGGCAGAAUUCAGGGAGUGGGGUGUAAGCAGGUAGGAGAGGUAGGGAGGUGCUUGGGCGUGAACUCAUUUGUAAGUAAGUAUAAGAAUCUUGAUACUUUCAACUGUAUUCUCUUGCUCCAGUUAUCUAAUGCCUUGUACUUCACUUCCAGCAGAGCACUGAAUGAAAUGGGAACUCAUGUUCGUAGCUCCUGCUUCUCAUCCCUUUGCUCAGGGGAUUUUAUAUUUUUUUAAAAAUCAACACUGUAUUCACGUACUGAACUCCAAAAUUAAUCUUCAAUUUCUGAUUUUAAUAAAAUGAUUCAAAACAUUCA